UGUCCAGUCAAAGCGCCGCUCGGUGCGCUACGUCAUUUCCGCUUUGCGCUUGAAUGGAAAUGGCGGCAGAUAAGAACUCAAGCUUCAUGCCCGCUAAUGGAGGAGACGGACAUAACAGCAGCUUGGGGAAGCUUCUGAAUUCGGAGGAAGAUCCGCCGGUGGUGUUUCUAUGCAGCCAUUGCAAGAGGCCGGUCGGAGACACGUACAGCUGGAUGGGCAGCGACAUGGGAGACCAGACUAUAUUACUGAAAGCUGUAUCUGAAUAUGUUUCCGUGGAUGAAGUGCAGAUCGUCUCAAAGGUCGCCAGUGACUAUGGCUGUACAUUUGAAACCGUAUCCUGCAGCGGCUGCUCCUCUGUCAUGGGGAAGAUCUACAGAUGUACUCCCAAACACCUCGACUUCAAACGGGAUCUGUUCUCCCUUAAUAUUGAUGCUGUUGACAGUUAUAUUUUAGGCUCUGCACACAAAGAAGCAGUGUUGGAAUUUGAAGAACCUGUUACUCUGGGUGUCCGUGCAGCAUUUGAAGAGGAAAUUGAAAAGACCAGGGCCGUGCUAAACGUGUUGCAGUCCAGAGUCUCCACCAUUGAAGCGCACAUGUUUUCCGGUAAAGACCUUAGCAGCACUCUUGAUGUGGAUAUCACAGAUCUGAGAGAGAAAUCCUUUCCGAAAUCGUAGCACUGCAAUGGCAAGAUGUUUAAAACUUCACAACCUUCAGAAAAACUAGAACUAAACAUCCAUUUUCCUGCAGAAUGAUUGUGGCAAUUCCCUAACAUAAUGUGGUUACGUUUGUGCAUAAUGAGAAAUCUGUUGUGCCGAUGCGUUGCAUAGCAAUAGCUGCUUUGUCUCACUGACAACUGUUUGCAAUUGUGGAGUUGUACAGCUUCCCGCUACUUCCGAUCAGAGCACGACUAGUUAGAACAUGAUCUGCUUUGCUUUUAGUGCCAGACCAAAUUGGCUGAUAAAAGCCACAGACAUCUGCCUCCAAGUCGCUUUCAUCCUUCCGCUGGGUUGGCGCCUAAACAACUGAUGAAUAAAUGAUUGCCACACAGA